AUGUUCCUUCGCCGGUUUCUUUCCCACGUGCUCUCCGGUCUCAUACCGCUGGCGAUAGCAGCCACUGUCUAUCUCUACCUCUACCCGAUUUUCCACGGUUGCGCAUUCCCUCUCCCUACAUACGACAAUGCCGAAAUCUUCCCAAGCGGCUUCCUCUCGGCCAUCCGGCAACAUGUCUCCCCGCAAGCCGAGUUCGACUCUUCCAACCCGCCAGCCAUCUUCCGACUCCUCGUACUAGCCGACCCCCAACUCGAAGGCGACAGUUCCCUCCCCAAAGCCGAAGAUAAGCUCCUGGCGCGCAUCAAAGCCCACCGAUCAGCCGUGCAAUCCGCGAUCGAGGCCACGGCGUCCCCGUCGCCUCUCCCCAGGGAUGUCGUCCGCGCUGUCCUUGCCGCGCUACGCUCUCUAGUCCGGGACGACGUGCCUCGCUCGUUGCGUGCCGCGCGCAAACGCCUCGACCUGCUCGGCAAUGACUACUACCUGGCUCAUAUCUACCGGACCCUGCAUUGGUGGACGCGUCCGACCCAUGUCACCGUGCUGGGCGACCUCAUCGGUAGCCAGUGGGUGACGGACGAGGAAUUCGACCGUCGCGGUCAUCGAUACUGGCAGAGGGUGUUUAAGGGCGGCGAACGAGUCAGCGACGCCCUUACGGGGGCUGAUACCACCGGGGACGGAAUUGCGGUCGACCCUGCGGAGACGCUGCUGAACGCUACCGACUCGCCGUGGACGCAGCGUAUCAUCAACAUCGCAGGGAACCAUGACAUUGGGUAUUCCGGGGAUGCUAGCGAAGCUCGAAUCGAGCGGUUCGAGCGCGUGUUCGGGCCUGCGAACUGGGACAUUCGAUUUCGGCAUCCGGUGCAGCAGGCGAAAGAGAAGGAGAGCCAGACCCAGGACCAGAGCCAUGACGCUCCCAUCACCCCAACGCUCCACGUAAUCAACCUGAACACAUUGACGCUCGACACGCCAGCUUUCUCUACCGACGUACAAGCCCGCAGCUACGAGUACAUAAACGAUCUGAUCACCCACCGCACGUACCCCGUCGACGACCGCGCCACGUUCACGCUACUACUCACGCACCUCCCGCUACACAAGCGCAAGGGCAUCUGCACCGACGGCCCGCAUUUCACCUUCCACGAGUCAGACGACGAGAACGGGCCCGACGACGUGCCUCGCUUCUGGGAGGGCGGGCUGCGCGAGCAGAACCAUCUCAGCGAACAUGUCAGCGCGAACGGUGUCCUUCAGGGUAUUUUCGGGAUGACGGGGGAUGAAGACGCCGCGGGGGGUGGGUUUGGUCGGAACGGUCUGAUUCUGACCGGGCAUGAUCAUACGGGUUGUGAUGUGGUUCAUUAUGUUGAUCGGACAGUCGAGGAGAAAGAAUCAUCUACAGACGCGGACGAGACAUCGGUAGACAAUGAGAACAAUGACAAUAACGAACCCCCGGCGUGGAAAUGGAACGCUCGGCGAUACCACCGCCACAACUCGUCGGACGCUCGCUCCGACUCCCCAUCCAUCCGUGAAGUCACGCUGCGUUCCAUGAUGGGCGAGUACGGCGGCAACGCGGGCCUCCUGUCCUUGUGGUUCGACGCUGACCCGGCCGUCGGGGAAUGGAAGUAUGAAAUUACCAUGUGCAUGGCCGGCGUGCAACAUGUCUGGUGGGCGGUGCAUGUGCUCGACUUGGUGGUUGUGAUUGUGGUGGUUGUGUAUCUGGCCAUGGGAGCUGUUGGGUCGCGGACUCAGACUCAGACCCUGGUCCAGAAUCAAGAUCAGAAUCAGAAGCCUGCGAGUGUGUAUGAGAAGAAGAAACAGGUUCAGGAGAAGGUGCAGAAGAACGAGUCAUGA